CUUGGUGUUUCGAAUGUUAUUAUUGUCAGCAAUUUGGAUUGUUUGUAAUGCUCUACAUGUAUCAAAUAUCUGCCAACUGAAUACAGCAUGUUUGAAGUGUUUAGGUCAACAAUUGUUAUUUGUGCCCAAUGCAAUUAUAUCAGCAUGUUAUUAUUAUUGCUUGCUGGUGUCUGGAUGGUAAUGCGAUCACGUCCUGAAAAAUAUUGACAGACUUGCAUAUCAUAUUACCCUAUUGGUCAAAACGCAUGAUUUGAUUGACAGUUGAGAUUGGUCUAUUGAGCCACAUGCAUGUAAUGGUUGCUUGUGCCUGAGUUAUGAUGUUAAUGCAUGGACUUGUUACCUCAUUCCCAGGUUACCACCUACAGGCCCACAAGGCCGUGCUUGCGGCAUGCAGUGCCUACUUCCGCGGACUGUUCACCGACCCGAAGCGGGAAAAGGACAUCAGCAUGGUGGAGAUGCAUGGCGUCAGCGUCACAGGCUUUAAGUCCCUGCUGGAUUUCAUGUACUCUUCCAGCCUCACCCUGAACGCACAGAACAUUUACGACGUCCACAAUGCCGCCACGUUCCUGGGGAUGCAGGAAGCCGCGCAGGUCUGCAUGCAGAUCUUCGACAAGGCCACAAAGGCUGAGAAGGGGGUUGAUGAGGCACCACAGCAGGACAAAGUCCUCUGGGAACCCUCUGCGGACGUGCGGGUGGGUGCCAGAGGCAGCGCGGCGGGAACCCCCAUGCAGUCCCCCUCCCAAUCACCACAGUCGUCACAUUCUUCCAGCAACACCCCGGCACGGUCACCGAUGACAGCGUCGCCACAGUCUGCCGCUACCCCAGGUAGUUCGGACACACCUUUAGAUCUCACAGCCAAGAAAGCCACUCCUACAUCCACACCUGAGCCACAUCCACAACCUCCCACAGCGCCCCUGCCUCCUCCCCCUCCACAGAUCCUACCACGCUUCCCCCCCAACAUGCACAACCCCGGGGAGACCAACAUGAACACCACCCGUGCCUUGCUGCUGAACUCCAGGCAACGCUAUGCCGUACCCGACCCCACCGCGGCCAUGCCUCCGCCACAGGCACAACCCCUGGAGGGAGCCGCCAAGAGAAAGAAGCGCUCGCUCUCUUACGUUGUCAACAACCUUGUCGAAUCCAAAAUCAAGCAGCCAGACGCACCCGCCCACUCCCAUCCCAACAAAAACCAGCUGCCGAUCCAGCAGGUGGAGGUGAAGAACAGUAACUCGUUCACGUACCGUAGCGGGAGCAACGUGGGGAGCAUGAUCGUGACCUCGUCUGCCCCUGCCCCGAUGCCUGUGUCGUCUGGGUCUAACCAGCCGAUAACCAUUCCUCCCAUCAUCAUCAAAGACGUGUUCAGCCUCAACAACAACUACAUCAACACUUCUGCGGGCAGCACCAAAGGGCCGCCCCUGUUCUCCAGCAAACCCCUACCAGCAGGGUUCAACUCCCCACCCACCAGCCUCGGCCCUCCCCCACCACUGACAGGCCAUGGCGGUAUUCCCCAGCCACAGUUCCCUCUCCUCCAAGGGAUGCCGAUCAUGCCCCACCACAUCCCCACAUCCAUCCCCCAGCCAGCACCCGGACAGCCCAGGGGACACAUUCUUCCUCAGAUGGUGGUGCGACCGCCGAUCAGCCAGCCGGCCAUGAGGGGACCCGCACCCCAUCACCCGAGGAGCGCACCCAGACAGGCCUACAAGUUCCACCAGUAUGUCAGACCCCCUCCCCAGGACCAACAGGCCCAGCUGAGGAUGGAAGACGUCCGUGUGCCUCCCCCAGCUCUCACAAAAGACCAGCAGGCUCCCCUACCCCAUCAGAUCAGGAUCCCGCAGGCAGAUGCCCCAGACAGAGGCAGGAUAAAGAUGGACAAAAUGGCUCUCCUAAAACAACUACGUGAGCCUCAACCACCAGCUAAGCCACCCUCCUCGCCAUUUGGUCUGGUCAGCAUCCCCCCUAACCGCCCCCCUGCCGACAUCCCCCCUCAAGAGCCCGGGAAGGAACAAGAGCAGCCAUUCCAAACGGACGAUCAGCAGACACGCUUUUACUUGAACCUUGUGGACUACAGGAACAAGCAUAUGGAGAAGCACCACUCUGCGCAACCUGUCAGUGUGAGUGUCCACUCCCCCCCACAACAGAGUCUUCCCCACAACAGUGCCGAAGCUGCACCUGUUUCCCAAAGUGAGACGUCCCUACCUGCGUACACACCUGCAAUGGUCGACCCCCAUAAUGACGACCCCCGACCUUUGUCCCCGCCAGAAGUUGACCUUUACCAGCCGAAGAUGCAAGGUGCCGAGACGACAGGUGUGACAGAGACAAUCAUCCUCAUGCCGGAAGACUUUCAGAAGAAGAACAAGAGAAGACACCUGUCGAGCACCGAGGAAAGCCCCAAGAAGCCCCGUCACAUUAGUAUGGAGGAAGCUAUGCACGCCUCCUCUGCAGUUUCCAUGGAUGGAAGAGAGGAGGAGUCUGUUGUGUCCAGGCCACGUAGCAUCUGUAGUGACCCAGGUCUUCCCACAGAAGCCAUGAAGAAGACCUACGUGCAAGCCAAUGAAGAUUCUGCUGCCAGUGUGUGUUCAUCUAUGUCAUUUGAUGAGCCCCAAGAAAACAGACUGUCCACUGAUGUUGAUACAGUGCGCUCCAGGCACUCCUCGGAGCCAUCAGAUGUAAACAAAUCCAAGAGGAACUGCAGAGAUCGAUCUGAAGUCUUUGAUCUGAGACCUCAAGAAGAAGACGUUUUCCCUAAGCCUGUAGACAUGUCCCACAAGGGGGAGGAUGGGGAGGACGGGCACGAGGGUGAGGAGGCGGGAGUCACGUCCAUCCAGGAAGGCGACUCCUACAGGUGCAGCACCUGUAACAAGUCCUUCACCAACCACGAUCUGUUCCGUGCCCACGUUCGCGAGGAACACGUCAACCACAAGGUGCACGAGUGCUCGAAGUGCCACGCCACCUUCAAGUACUCGGGGGCGCUGAAGACCCACAUGCGCGUGCACACCGGCGAGAAACCAUUCGCCUGCGACAAAUGCGGGGCCAGGUUCACCCAACUGGGGAACCUCCACCGGCACAAGAAGACUCACGACGGACUGAAACCGUACCAGUGCGGGCUCUGCAACGCCCGCUUCACUCGCCUGGGCAGCGUGCAGGAGCAUCUGAAAAUCCACACGGGGGAAAAGAAGCCCUUCCAGUGCCAGGUGUGCACGGCCGAGUUCACGCGCCACGGGCACCUGCGGAACCACAUGCGGAUCCACAGCGGGGAGCGGCCCUUCUCCUGCACGGUGUGUGGGGCGCAGUUCCGCCACCCGGGCGGCCUGAAGCAGCACAAGAAGAUCCACCAGCGAACGUCGUUCGAAACCAGCCCGCACAUCUGCGAGUCAUGCGGCGCCCUCUUCACGCGUCUAGGUGACCUCCGAACCCAUCGCAAGCUGCACGACGGCGGCAAGGCCACGCAAGAAGAACUGGAUGGGGACAUGUCGGACUAAGAAUGUAUAUCCAGAUGUGCUAAAAGCCAGUGCAACGUGCACAAUGUUAUUUUGCUAAAUGCCCAACCCAUUGGACCACAAACAAUAAUCGGACAAUCAAAUCUCUACAAUAGUACAAUUCUAUUGUUAUUCUUUUUGCUGCAUUGUGUUUUGUUUUAAAUGAAUUGUGUGUUUAAGAAAUGUGGUGAUUGUGAUCCUUAGAGGUGUUCAUGGUUAAAACUUGCUUAUAGCAUGGAAUUGAAAAUGUAUUGUAUUCAGAGCUAUGAAAUUUAUCUAAUAGUUGUAUACAGAUUGGACCAAAUAUUUCUUACAGAGUUUUAUAAAUGGGAUUUCUAGUAUUGUAUUUUGCUCCCGGAGUCUUCCUUAAGCAUAUGUUGUAAUGUAGAAUCACAGUGGAGGCAAACAAUUCAUUUUUAGUGGAUACU